GGAGCGCGCAAUGGUUCCUGCUCACACUCGAUGCGCAUGCAGAGAACUACCUCCGGAUUGCUAAGCAUCACAGUGAGACGAAAAUGUCUCAUCUGCCGUCCAAUAACAAAUAUUGCUUCGUUUUCCAGAGUAACAUAGGAGUAUUAAUUAUGUUUUGGAGUAAUUCUCAUUACCACCUCUAGACAAAUCGCAUCAUAUUUCAUCGAGUGCUGUAUUAAUUUAUUUCCGUACGAGGAGUCGGAAUACUCGGCCACAGGUGUGGAAAAUGGCGACUAGGUCCUUGGUGUUCCUCGCCUUGGGGACUGCAGUGAUUACCUUUGCUGUGACUGUGCAGUGCUGUCCUAAAGAUUGUACUUGCUCAGGUAAAAACCCUCUUCACCUAGUGGACUGUGCUUACAAAGAACUUCAACUGGUACCAGAGGGCUUGCCAUCCAAUGUGACCACUCUUAGCCUUUCAGCAAACAAAAUCAAAGUGUUGAAAUCCCAGAAUUUUGUGAAUGUGACCCAGACUAUGUCUCUUUGGCUCGCCCACAAUGAAAUUGUCACCAUUGAGAGAAACACACUGACACCAAUGGUCCUGUUAAAGAAUCUGGAUGUAAGUCAUAAUAAAAUAGUCAAUUUCCCAUGGGAGGACCUUUCUAACCUCACUGCCCUACAGAUGCUGAAAAUGAACAACAAUGAGAUGGUCAGUCUGCCUAAGGAUGCUUUUACCAACUUGAAAGACCUGCGCUCAGUUCGAAUCAACAAUAACAAGUUUACUACAAUUGCAAAAGGAACUUUUGAUGCUCUUAUCUCCAUGUCACACCUACAGAUUUACAACAACCCGUUCACCUGUUCUUGCAAAUUGGAGUGGAUGAGGGAUUGGAUUGCUAAAUCUAAAUCUAUUUUGACUGAGCAGGACAGCAUCUUAUGUGAGAUGCCUGCCCAUUUAAAAGGUUUACAGGUCAUUAAUAUGCCAAAACUAGAAUGUCAGGCUCCAACUGUUACCAUAACCUAUCAGCCCAACAUUGAAAACACAGAAAUUCACGAGGGGCACACGGUCAUCUUAAACUGUGAAACCAAAGGAAGCCCCAAACCUGAUGUUGAGUGGGAGGUUUUUGCAGGAAACCAAUUAUUAACGUUCCCAUUGCCUUCAGUUGUUGAAAAUAGUGAGCUCCCUAUUAAUGGUGCACCCUCUAAUACAAGAUUCCUCAUCUUUCAAAAUGGAACUCUAAUCAUUCCUCGAAUGAGCAAAAAAGAAGAUGGAAACUAUAGCUGUGCAGCUACUAAUGACAUGGGAAAAGCUGAAAACAAGGUGAAAAUUGCGAUGACUGUUGUCAGAAAAGUAACUACCAACUCUGUGCUGGACAGAAAAGAAUUUAUUGACAAUAAGCCUGGUCCGAAGAACCCCAAAAACAAUGUAUGGCCCAUUUUUGAGCAGCCCAAAAUUCUUCCAACUGGAACAUCCUCCAUUCAUAUUAAAACUGAACAGGUUGAUAUUGAUACUUUGCCAUUUACCAGUAAGUGUGGAAUAAGUGAUGGUACACAGUAUAUAUCCAAUCAUGCAUUUAACCUGAGCUUGGAUGACCUUAAACAGUAUACCUUUGAUUUUGGUGUGAUAGCUUUGGAAGUGUCAGAGACUGAGGCUAAAGUCCAGCUUAAUCCUCUACAGAUGGCAAAUGCCAAAUCAAAUCUUCACCUCAACCAACCCCAAGACCAGGAAACUGUGAAUAAGGAAACAUUCACUCUUUACCAGUCAUCCUCCAAAAAAUCUCCCAUGGAUAUGUUGUAUGUUUGCGUGAGCACUGGCAAUGGACAUUCAGUUGUUCAGUGGUCCAAGAUCGAGGAUGGUGUCAAUACGUAUCGUUUUCAAGGUCUGCGGCCAGGCACUAAUUACACUCUGUGUCUUACCUAUGGAGGCCAGGACUGUCAGGUUCAAGUUGUCUUUACGACAAGGAAGAAAAUCCCAUCAUUGCUAAUCAUAGUGGUGGUCAGCAUAUUCUUGCUGGCUCUGGCCACAGUGCCUUUACUGGGAGCCACCUGUUGUCACUUGUUGUACAAGUAUCAAGGGAAGACCUAUAAACUGAUUAUGAAAACACAGAAUGCAGAUCAGAUGGAGAAGCACAUAGAAACAGAUUUUGACCCAAGAGCUUCUUUUGUGGGAUCUGAAAAAAACUUCAAUGCAAGUGAGCUUGGAGAGGAAGAUGCUGAAGCUGAUGUAGAGGAAGGAGAAGGAGAAGGUGAGGAAGUGGAGGGCAGCGUUGUGACUGAGUCCAUUCCUGAGUCACAGUCCAAAACACAGGAGGAGUUUGAAGUGGGCUCUGAGUAUAGUGACAAGUUACCUUUAGGGGCUGAGGCAGUGAAUAUAUCUGAGGAAAUAAAUGGCAAUUAUAAAGAGCCACGCUAAACACAUUGUAAAAUAUUUACCUUUCGACCACAUUCCAAACCAGGUUAAUACUGAUGAGCACAUCACCUUACAAUUCUAAUAUUCUGCAUAAGGUGCGUUAACUCUAAUUUACCUCAGUUAUUUAGCUGUAAAUGUAUAUAUUUCAUUUUGGCUCUUGGGUUUUAUAAAUAGCCUAUAUCUACAAUCAAAAGGAAUUUAUUCCAAAACCCAGUAAACUGAAUUGUACAUUCAACUCAACGUUAAAUCCAUCAACUUAACAUCCCUGCAUACAUGCAGGAGAGUGUGGAAAAAGUGUAGUAAAAAUAAAAUAAAAUGUCCUUUAUCUAAGGGUUUUGGUAAACGUAAUGUUGUAGUCACCCUGCGCCCGGGAAGGUACAGUACAGUACAUGUUCAUCAGCUGCGCAUAGUUCAUUCUGAAAGGGAAUAUUUUCACUACACGGCAUGUGAGAAAAAAUGUAGGCUGAAAACUCAGGUCACCUUCAAGUGACAUUUUGUGUAUUGUGUGACUUCAGAUCUCCUUUAAGGAGCGGGUGCUUAAGAAGAUCUUCUCGCCUUUUUUGGACUGGUUGAACGUCUCCUUUCUCUAGUUUAAGGUUACUUGUUCGUGGCAUGUCACACAAGAAGUAUUUCCGAGUGUGUUUUAUUAGAAUAUAUAGAACGGUAGAUAUUCUCGGUGUCGAUAUGUGAUGUAAAGCAGUAAUGUGUAAAGAUGUCCUCUUUUUUAUAUCUCAACCGUUGCAUUUCACCAUCAGCCUUUACGCACGUCCUGUACACUUCCGCUUAGUGAAAUGUGUCGAGCUGUUCAACUGAUGUUGUGAACCAUCUUUUCAAAGAUUUUGAUAUGAUUUUAUGUACGUGAAAUUAAUAAAAUACUGAUGAA